AUGUCGGUGGCGGUGGUUGUCAUGGCCAACAACACCGCUGGCAACCCUAACAUCAAGGACUACAGCUGGAGCCAAUCUGAGACGAGCACCAUCCUGAGUUCAUUCUUCUGGGGCUAUGUGGUGAUGCUGGCGCCAGCCGGGUGGAUGGCGGACAGGUUCGAUGCGAAGAACUUGUUGUCGGCCUCGCUCAUCCUCUCCGGUAUCCUCACCAUGCUCACAGAGGUGGCUGCAGACACUGGCGGUGUGGUGCUCGUCUGUGCGUUCAGAGUAGUCAUGGGUCUCACUCAGGGUUUCGUAUACCCAUGCACACAUUCCUUGCUGGCAAAAUGGAUCCCACCCAAAGAAAAUUAUGUUUUGGGAACCGCUGUUUACACAGGCGAUCAACUGGGCACAGUAGCAGCACUGAUAAUAUCAGGAGCAUUAGCUCAGAGCGCCGUUGGGUGGCCGUCUAUCUUCUACUUCUUUGGUGGACUUUCCAUCCUCUGGGGAGUGAUCUUAUUCUGGCUUGGAGGGAAUACCCCAUCUGGACACAAGCAUAUUUCCAGAGCAGAACUUACUUAUAUUGAAGAAUCUCGGAAGGAUGUCUCACGUGAAAGAAUGAAGUUUCCAACGCCGUGGGUAUCAAUUUUUACAUCACUGCCCGUAUUUGCUCUCGCAGUAGCCACCAUGACGGAGUGCUGGGGAUUCUACACGCUGUUGACAGAGACACCAACGUAUUUGAGUAAUGUUCUUGGAUUUGACAUUGCAUCUAACGGGCUACUUUCUGCACUGCCGUACGUCGUUAACUGUGUCCUGAGCCUUUCCUUCAGCUGGAUCGUCAACAGCGUACAGAAGAAGUUAAUAUUCAGCAAGGCGGCCUUAAGGAAGGUGGCCAAUUCCAUUGUAUUCAGUGUAUGUUCCAGCUUCCUGGCUCCCAGCUGCGACUUUAGUAGCCCUCAGCUUCAUCCCAGUAGAGGACCCAACGGCAGCGGUGAUCUUGCUGACUGUCGCCAUCGGUUUUAA